AUGUUGUCCAAGGAGUUCAGUGUGUACAGCAAGAACAAGAGUGUUGGGUUUAACACCGUCUCCACCCGGAUGACCAAGCGGCCUUGUGUGACCCCGUCGUCCCUGCCCACCACCGUGUGGGGUAAGACCCACUCGGUCACCAUUCCGAUGAUGCUGAUGAUGAUGAUGCUGAUGAUGAUGAUGACGAGCAAGUCGGUCAUGGCAUGUGACUUUGCUGCAGGUCGCCUUUCGUCAACGUCGUCGGCUGGUUCCAGGUUCCGUGGCAAUGUCUUUUACUUUGCAUCCUCGGGCACUUUGACUCACCUCUCGACAGAGUUUUCUGGCUCUGUGAGGUUCAUCGUCAGGGAAGCUUCCACUCCCACGGGCACGUAUGUCGGUCUCUACGAUGCAACGACUUCGGUCUCUUUCCAAGCGUCGAACAAGUACUACGCAGCGGUCUCAAUCCCGGUCACGGCUGGAAAGUACUACAUGAUCGGCGUGAUGUGGUCGGCCUCAAAGUCAUACUCGUACCGCUCGCCCUCGGCUUUCUCCUUCCCGCCUUGCGUCUCGUGGUCUCGUGGGGUGGCAGAUAACUCGAUCUCGGGUGACUCACCGUACCACCUGCCGUCUAAUCCGUCGUUUUCAACCUCGACGAUGUACUCUACUGGCUUUACCUUUUCUUCGAGUGGCGGCUCGACGACUGGCUCGACGACUGGCUCGACGACUGGCUCGACGACUGGCUCGUCGUCCAGCUGCCCGACGUGGUACGGCCAUGAGCAGUGCUCAGGACGAUCAUGCGUGAGUGGAUCGUGCUCGUGCCUGUCAGGCACCAACUCGUACGAUUGCUCACCGAUCAGUGUCGGCAACCAGAUCGGAUGCUGGAACAACGCCAGCCCCUACUCUGUAACAGGCACCUCGGGUGUGAUCCACAUCAACGCGCCAGGCACCAACUACCUUCACAGCAAGUCGUGCCGGUGGCGGCUGUCGUCGUCUUCGUUGAGCACAACGACGACCAUCACUUUCCAGGUCGUUGAGACCGAGCAGGGCUUCGACGACAUCGAACUGUACUCGACUGGACGUUCCGGCUCUACCUACAGCAGGUACGGAACUUACUCGGGUGCAUCGGUCAGCACCUUUAGCGUUCAACUUUGUGGUCAGGUCGAGAUUCGGUUCGCCUCAGACUCUAGCAUCGCUCGUCGUGGUGCGGCCAUGUCGUUUGUCAUCUCCAAUGCUGGUACGUGCAGGGCGUCCGGGCCGACGACGUUGCCAAGUUCUGCGUCAACCUCCACCGGCUCCACAUCCACAUCCACCUCCAGCUCCACCUCCAGCUCGACGUCGUCGUCAUCGCGGUCGUCGUCGUCGUCGUCGUCGUCGUCGGCAUCGCUCACACUCGUCUACAUGCUGCCGGGCGCCAUCAUCGUCACUGUCCUCGUCUUUCUCUCCAUUUACCGCUCGUGGCGUCGGCGUACGGCCGGCCAGGCCCAGGAGGUCGAGUACAACGCCGACGAGGAGGACUCGGGUACCGCUGGCCAGGUCCACACAGACCGCGUCGCGAGCAAGCGCUCUCGCAAGGCUCGGCCCGCAACAUCGACUACCAAAAGCGCACGGCCGCAGGGCCGCCUUUCAGAGUGGAAGAAGCGCAAUGAGCGCGAGCUCGGCAUUGACAGUGACAGCGAUGAAACCGCCGGCACCGCCACGGACUGCGAUGACUCGGGCGCCACGACUGCUACCUGCACCGAAGGCUCGGAGUACGAACUCGGGUGCAAAACCGAUGCCACAGAGCCGCCUUCGUAUGGCAAGGCCACAUCCAAGACUGUCCGCAACCGCUUCCUCAACAUGGUGUAA